AUGCUGCUUCAACGUCGGCCCGGAAAUGCUGAGUACGAUGCUGAAUAUUCGGAUAUCGUUGCCAUGUUCUCGAUAGAAGCACAAGUAAUCAUCAAGAACAUUGAACGAGUAUCCGAGGCGGCCGCAGGUCUGGAGCAGCAAGCUAAUCGGCUUCUGCUCGAGAUUUCCCUCGACCUACCCAGGAGCGAGGAAUACAAAAUGGUCGGAGACAGACUCCGGUUAUUAAGCGAUCAGCUGGACAAUCUCCAGGACGCGCUCAUGCUCGAAUUGAACGUCAGCCGAGAUUCUGCAUGCUUCUGGGACUACGACGAUGGAGACUCGCGUCCUUAACUAAACCUCGAUCGAUAAGACAUAAAGUAUUAGUUUUAUAAGGACAGAAACGUGUUUUAAUAAGG